GGUCAGGUUUGACUGCAAUUAAAACUCCACCUCCUCGGCUCAGAUGACUAGUAGUAGGAGUCCUGUCACCACGGUAUACUACGUAGUUCCCAGCAAAUUCAGAGCUUAAGAUAUUGUCUGGGAGCCACGUCUCGGUCAAUAUUACGACAUCGUAAUCACAUUCUGCCAACGAUAGGAACAAUUCACUGACCUUGGUUCGCAGUCCGCGAACGUUUUGGUAAUAAAUUGACCUGACAUUUUUGUUGUUGUGUUGACCAAUGUCAAUCCCACUGUGGUGUAAGUUGACACCCUGUGAUCCUUCGUUGAUGGUGCUGGUGGAUGAAGGUCCAGCUGACGGGAGGAUACGCACACUAGCCUCAGGGUGGAUGACACGCACACUAGGAGCACAAGGGGCACCGGUGGCCCGCGUACUUCUACAAAACAGGCUCCUUCUAUCACUGGCACUAACGCGAUGCUGUAGCGUGCUUGUAUUUGUGGGAUGCAGUCCAGACGUAUUACUGGUACUGGGUUCUAUGGGAUUGUUUACAUCACGAGAAGGACCGGUCAGCCAGACAUCGCGGGCCGCGGAAAACGUUGUAAUUGCAGGGUGCUAUAGUAACACCAGCGGGCCAGAAGUUCAUAGAGUGAGGCUGGUGCAGAUUACGGCAUUAGGCGGUAUGUUUUUGGACGCUAUGUACCUGCCGACGUCAUCCUCCGUCGUCUCCGGAGCCAGGUUCCGUACACAAAAGCAACUGUGGCUGAACUGGAGGCCACGUCAGGGUGUCUGGUUGGUACAUCUGCUGUCCAGGAGGAUACCAAGGAACGAUCGGGUUUGGAUAUUGCCACGGAGCGAAGUAAUAACCAGGGAAGAGUGUUUGCAGCCGAUGUUGUCUGUGGAGUACUACCAGUGCUUGGAUUGGAAUUCUGCUGAGGGGCCGUUGCAUCAUAGGAUCCGCGGGCGGAUUCUGCGUCGAUGUCGAUGGGAGUUGUAUCUCGUGGACCUGGGAACUGGUGUUGCCAGGGGUUGACGUUAAAGGCAGAGGAGCAUCCUGGGCUUGAGCAUCUACAUUGCCAGGGUCGGAUUCCGAAUCAACUCCUCUUCUUUUCCGCGAUAAAGCGGAUUCGCCGUUCGCAUCUCUGCUGAAAAGACGGUCCAGCGAGGCGCUCAAGGAUUCGCGGACACGUUCAUGGACCGCCGAAAGGGACUCGUCUGGGGAAAGAUGGGCCAAACCGAGUGAAGGGCGAGUGGACAGCAUUUCGGCAUUGAUGGCGUUAGACGUGGUUAUCGUGGCGGCCAGCUCCGUAAUCAUUGACGAGAUGGCAUCUUCACGAUGAUCACGACAACCAAUACACACCCAUGAAAUGCCGUCGUUCUCCUGGCAAGCUUUGAGGAUCUGGACAUGUUGAAUACACACACACCGCCAUCGCUUGCACGCUCCGGCCACCCACAGUUGGUAGCUGGGAACACUGUUACGGCGGCAGUAGUGGUGUUAACUACGUGUGUGUUGAGAACAAAUAAAAAAUAUUUGCUACGGCCAACUGGGCCGAGACUGUUUUCUGAACUUAAUUUCAAACGAAAAAAAUCAAGCCUCUCCGAACGAAAACGAAAAAACCUCCAACGCUUCCGUAUGCAACUCAAGUGGACCGAAUUCCCCAACUCAAAGCGGGGGGGAUUCAAGGUAGAUACUUUCAAAAAUUUGCGAAAGAAAAACCAG